AUGGCGUUAAGAACAUACGGCGAUAAGCCUAUAAGUUUCCAAAUAGAAGAAGGGGGUGACUUCUACUGUGUUGGCUCAGAGGUUGGAAAUUAUCUUCGGUUAUUCCGAGGUUCUCUCUACAAAAAGUAUCCUGGCAUGGCCAGAAGAACUCUGACAAACGAGGAAAGAAAGAGACUAGUUGAUAAUGGCCUGGGACCUCAUGUUCUAUCCAGUUCUGUCUCUUUGCUUAAAGCUUCGGAAGUUGAAGAUAUUAUUGAAGGAAAUGAUGAGAAGUAUAAGGCUGUAUCAGUCAGUCAAGAAAUGGCUACUCCAAGAGAGGGCAAAAGUAAGAAGCCUCAUAAUCCUUCAUGGCUUCCGGUCAUGCCCAACUCAUCACAUUUGGAUGCAGUACCACAGGCUACUCCUAUCAGUAGAACAAGAGUUCACAAUAAGAAGGUGCGCACGUUCCCUCUCUGUUUUGAUGACACCGACAUGACAGCAAUGCUGGAAAACGCAUCACAGAAGCAGAUUCUGGUGCCCAUUAGACUGGACAUGGAGAUUGAAGGACAGAAGCUCAGAGAUACUUUUACAUGGAAUAAAAAUGAAUCAAUAAUUACACCAGAACAAUUCGCGGAGGUUCUCUGCGAUGACUUAGAGUUGAACACUAGUACUUUCAUCCCGGCCAUCGCCACUUCUAUCAAACAGCAGAUCGAGGCAUUUCCGAGUGAGCCACCCGCCAUACUGGAAGAGGCCACCGACCAGAGAGUCAUCAUCAAGCUCAACAUACACGUCGGGAACACUUCUUUGGUGGACACCGUGGAAUGGGACAUGUCAGAAAAAGAGAAUAAUCCUGAACAGUUUGCGAUGAAACUUUGCGCAGAGCUGGGCCUCGGCGGGGAGUUCGUGACGGGCAUCGCUUACAGCGUGAGAGGCCAACUCGGGUGGCACCAACGCACCUACGGCUUCAACGAAGCUCUGCCGACCGUCGAGACGCCAUAUCGCCAGCCGUCGGAGGCCGAGGUGUGGGCUCCGCACCUGGAGACGCUCACCAACGCCGAGAUGGAGAAGAAGAUCCGAGAUCAGGACAGGAACACCAGACGCAUGCGCCGACUCGCCAACACCACGCCCGAUGUCUCCCUGAGUCGAGCCGUGAACCGCCUCAUUCGCGCUGACGAAGCGUUGUUCCAGACCACGCCCGAGAAACGCAGAAAGAAGAUAUAA